CAAAUGCAUUUUCUUGAUAUCCGUUGUGUUUCGUGUUCGUUGCUCAACCACUCCCACAUCCAUCUUCUUAAAUGGCUGCUCCGGUAGUUGCGGAGGGCGCGGCCGUCUUGGCGUUCCGAUCGGUGAUGCAGCGGGUCCGGCAAGCGGCUGAUAGAUCCGGCACCCUACCCGAAUCAAUCAGGGUCGUCGCCGUCUCCAAGACGAAGCCUGUUUCCAUGAUUCGGCAACUUUACGACGCAGGCCACCGCUGCUUCGGCGAGAACUAUGUCCAAGAAAUCGUCGACAAGGCUCCUCAGCUUCCACAAGACAUUGAGUGGCAUUUCAUUGGGCAUUUGCAAAGCAACAAAGUCAAAACGCUUUUGGGUGGAGUUCCAAAUCUGGCCAUGUUUGAGGGUGUCGACAAUCAGAAGGUGGCAAAUAAUCUUGACCGUAUGGUUUCAACCCUUGGAAGAAAUCCGCUGAAAGUCUUGGUGCAAGUAAAUACAAGUGGAGAAGAAUCCAAAUCUGGUAUUGAUCCUUCCAAUUGUGUUGAUCUUGCUAAACAUGUAAAAUCGAGUUGUCCGAAUCUCGUGUUCUCCGGCUUGAUGACAAUAGGGAGGCCUGACUACACCUCAACUCCAGAGAACUUUAAGACCCUAUCCAAUUGCAGAACUGAAGUUUGCAAGGCACUUGAGAUGCCUGAGGAGCAAUGUGAACUGUCAAUGGGCAUGUCCAGUGAUUUUGAGUUAGCGAUUGAAAUGGGUAGUACAAAUGUGAGAAUUGGGUCCACAAUAUUUGGACCAAGGGAUUAUUCAAAGAAACAAGAAUAGAGGAUCUCUCUCUGUGUCUCUGGAACACAAAUGCACAUAGCUAAAUUUUUAUUGUAUUGUACAUUUACCUUUACAAUUGAUGUAAUUACAUUUGUAAUUAUUAGAACAAUCAGCUUAUAAAGAAUAAUGUUUAUAAACAAAUGAGAUGAUCUCUAAUUAUACAA